UGUAUGCUAUACGAUGUAGGUUCGCUUCAUCAGUAAUUUUUCUCGCAUUCAUUAAUUGAAGUUUUAAAAGCGUGUUUUUUUUUUAAGAUUUUAAGAGUUUGUGAAACUCUAUUAAAAAUAAUAGUUAUUUUAAAUUGGUUCACCAUUUUUUUUUGUAUGUAGAGUUGAAAAAAAAUGGCUAAUACAAAAAACAAAAUGCUGAACAAAAAAAAAAUAGUAGUAGAAAACAGUUAAUGGAAAAUAAUGGCUAAAGUACAGGGCUAUUGGAACUGUUGAUAUUAUACAAAGACGUCGACGUGGUAUAGGAUGUUUUCGUCAAUGGUUUACACGUCCAUCUUUACCAUUUAUUAUUGGAAUAUUAGCAUUAGGAGGUGUUGCAUGCACAUUAGGUGGUAUAAUACUUGGAUCAACUGGUUUAGUUGAACAUUCAACACAAUAUUUGAGUGCUGCAUUAUUAAUGAUUGGUAUUGGUGUAUCAUUAUUAGUGAUAUCUGGUGCAAUAUGGCGUUUAAGUAUACCAGAUGAAAUUGAAAAUUGUCCAUGUUUUAGACAUUUAGAAACAUGCCGUAAUUGUAAUAGUCCAUAUUGUGGUAAUAGAUUAUUACAAACAUAUAAUGGUUAUAUGUAUCCAGAAUUUCAACAUAGACCACCGCCACCAUCAUAUAUGACAAGUUUAAAUGAAUGUACAGUUGGUUUGUUAUUUCAUCAUGAAGUCGCUAAUUUACAAAGAAAUGAUAGUAUUAGAAUAUCAACACCACCGCCGGCAUAUCGUUCUUCACAAUCAUUAAGUGUUUUUGUUCCAUUACAUGCAACAUUAAGUCCAAGUCAACAUAGUUUAAUACAAGAAGUUACAACAAUACCAUUAACAUCGUCAACAACAUUUACAGAAUCGGAGAGAUCACAAUUAAUUCUCUCACAAACAGAUACAAUUAUUAAUAAUAAUGAUGUUAUAAAUAAUUCUCAAGUGUUACCAAAGGUAAUGAGCACGGUACAUGAAAAUUCCUCCACUCCUUCUCACAAAAAAGAUGGAGUAACACAAUUAUCGGAGACAAUUUAAGGAAAAAUCUGUAAAAAAAUAUACAAAAAAAAAUUUAAAUUUUUUUUUCUCAUUCUUAUAGCAAAUUUUAUUCUACUCUUGAUUUUUUUACUAAUUCUUUUGUAAUGCAAUUUUUAAAAUAAUUUUUUUUAUAUACUCAUUAUCCCUGUUAAAUCGUAAGAGAAUCAAAAAAUAUUUAUAGAGAAAAAUAUUUUUUAACAAUAAGUGUACAAUUUAAUAGAAAAAUUUUAUUUUCUCCUUCAGAUUUGAUAGUUUUUAAGUUUUCUCUAUCU